UCCUCUCCGGCCUAGCGACGCCCAAAACAGAAAUCUUCACGUAGGGAAUUUUAACAUUGGGAAGAACAGUGCUGUGCCAGGCUCACGUGGUCUCAGGAAAGGCUAAACCCUAGGCUUAGCCUUCAUGCCUGAGGGUCCGUGCCAGGAUGUGCGUGUUUUGCCCUCAGGCUUGGAGUCUCUGCCAGGCUUAAGCCUCACUGAAAGAAAGCGCAGAGUCAGCCUGGAUUCCUGCGGACACGCGACGUGCGCCUCAGCACUUUCCGUUGUCAUUCACGCGGGCUGGAACCAGAUCGGUGGCUCCGCUGCCUAUGCAGACCAGAGCUGACCAAAGCCGGCCAGCUGACUCAGCUUGCCCACCGCGCCCGGAUCCCCCAGGGAGAGGCAGCCAGACGGAGGUAUAAAGCGGUGCACAUCAGGCUCGCGCGCACCCUCUCCAUUUUCUGUGCCUGCGGUGCUCAACCCUCCGCAGCGGCAUGAGCAGCGCCCCUGUGCCGGGCGCCGUGCCCGCCUGUCUCACGCUCUGGGAUGAGGAGGACUUCCAGGGUCGUCGCUGCCGUCUGCUGAGUGACUGUGCGAACGUCUGUGAGCGAGGAGCCCUGCGCAGGGUGCGCUCGGUCAAGGUGGAAAACGGCGCAUGGGUGGCCUUCGAGUACCCCGAUUUCCAGGGGCAGCAGUUCAUUCUAGAGAAGGGAGAUUAUCCUUGUUGGAGCGCCUGGAGCGGCAGCAGCAGCCACCACAGCAACCAACUUCUGUCUUUCAGGCCAGUGCUCUGUGCGAACCAUGGUGACAGCCGCGUGACACUGUUUGAAGGGGAAAACUUUCAGGGUUGCAAGUUUGAACUCAGUGAUGACUACCCAUCACUGCCUUCCAUGGGAUGGACCAACAAAGAUGUGGGUUCCAUCAAAGUCAGCUCUGGAGCGUGGGUGGCCUACCAGUACCCAGGUUACCGAGGCUACCAGUACGUCUUAGAGCGGGACAGGCACAGUGGGGAGUUCCGUACCUACAGCGACUUUGGCACACAGGCCCAUACUGGACAGCUGCAGUCCAUUCGAAGAGUCCAGCACUAGGCUCUACACUAAGUCAUCAUCACCCUGAAGAUUCUAAUAAAAGCUCUUGAUUGUACCUCCCCUUUUGCUUCUUUCCUUCUUGCUCCCUCUCUUUCUGUUUCUCUCUUUCCGUCUCUCUCUCUCUCUGUCUCUCUCUCUCUCUGUG